AUGACGGAAAUCAGCGAAGUACGGCAGAGCAACUCGCGCGAGAACAGAACAGCAGCACACUCCCACAUCAAAGGUCUCGGCCUAAGAUCAGAUGGUACUGCGGACACAACUGGUCAGGGAUUCGUGGGCCAAGCAGCGGCGCGAGAAGCAUGUGGUGUCGUGGUAGAUCUGAUCCGCGCAAAGAAAAUGGCAGGAAAGGCGGUGCUACUGGCAGGAGGUCCAGGUACGGGGAAGACCGCAUUAGCACUUGCGGUCAGCCAAGAAUUGGGAACGAAAGUGCCUUUCUGCCCCAUGACUGGAAGCGAGGUGUACAGCGCUGAAGUGAAGAAGACUGAGGCCCUGAUGGAGAACUUCCGACGCGCAAUUGGACUCAGAGUGCAGGAGCGGAAGGAGGUCUACGAGGGCGAGGUCGCUGAGCUUACGCCAGAAGAGACCGAGAACCCACUUGGCGCAUACGGUCGCACCAUUUCACAUCUCCUCAUCACCCUACGAAGCUCGAAAGGAACCAAGAAGCUGCGCCUAGACCCGAGCAUCUACGAAGCGAUACAAAAGGAGCGCGUGCGACUAGGCGAUGUCAUCUACAUUGAAGCCAACACUGGUGCCGUCAAGAGAGUGGGCAGAUCAGAUGCGUUCUCUACUGAAUUUGACUUGGAGGCCGAGGAGUAUGUGCCUGUACCAAAGGGAGACGUGCACAAGAAGAAGGAUAUUGUGCAAGACGUGACUCUCCACGAUCUGGAUGUCGCAAAUGCACGACCACAAGGCGGUCAAGAUGUCAUGAGCAUGAUGGGUCAGCUCAUGAAACCGCGGAAGACAGAAAUCACCGAGAAGCUGCGAGGCGAGAUCAACAAGGUCGUCAACAAAUACAUCGACCAGGGCAUUGCUGAGCUCGUGCCUGGCGUGCUUUUCAUCGAUGAAGUGCACAUGCUAGACAUCGAAUGCUUUACUUAUCUGAAUCGCGCUCUCGAAUCUACCAUCUCGCCCAUCGUCAUUCUCGCGUCAAACCGAGGACAGACAACGGUGCGCGGUACUGCAUCUGCUGUCUCUGGAGAUCCGGGCCUGAUCUCCGCUCACGGAAUCCCAUCAGAUCUCUUGGCACGCCUUCUUAUUGUGCCAACUCAGCCAUAUACAGGACAGGAAAUCCGAAGAAUCAUCCAAACGCGCGCCAAGCUCGAGUUUGCAUCACCAACUGCUCCUCAGCUUGCCGACAAUCCACAAGCACUGAAGGUAUCGGCAUCCCUCUCGCCCGAGGCACUGGACGAGCUCACCAGACGGGGCGAGACUGUCUCCCUGCGAUACGCGUUGCAAUUGUUGGCGCCGGCAAGCAUUCUCGCUCGCGCUCGUGGUAGCGAUGGAAAUGUCAUCAGUGCUGCGGACGUACAGGAAGCCACUUCACUCUUCUGGGACGCAAGCAGAAGUGCGGGUCAACUGAAGGAAAGAGCAAGCGAAUUCAUCUCAUGA